UUAUGUAUUGGCAUUCCUCCCGCUCCAUGUAAAGACUAUCCUUGGAGAUACAAUGGAGCCAAAUUUAACUCCAACAUUAUAAAAUGGCUCUACUUUCCAGACUUUAUUGUGAGACCAAACCCUUCUUUUCUUGUCUAUGAUUUUAUGCUGUUGCUUUGUGCAUCUCUUCAGCGGCAAGUGUUUGAAGAUGAAAAUAAGGCGGCAGUUCGGAUUAUGGCAGGGGACAAUGUGGAAAUCUGUAUGAAUCUGGAUGCUGCUUCCUUUAGCCAACAUAAUCCUGUCCCUGAUUUCAUCCACUGCAGAUCCUAUUUGGAUAUGGCCAAAGUGAUCAUGUUCAGUUAUCUCUUCUGGUUUGUUCUCACCAUUAUAUUCAUUACCGGAACAACCCGA